AUCGUGAGGGCCGGGCAGAGAUAUCGAUCACAUAAAUAAAGACGCGCGACAGGCCGGGCGCAGUUGUACAGCUCUUUUGUUGUCAAUUGUCUCGUCGAGACUCAUCCAAUCAGUUCAAGCUCAGGAUCUCCCUAGGUUAACGACACAAACACUAUUCAGAUCCGUUUAGAGGCUCUUCACCAUGUCAGACAGGGUGGACGCAGCUGCAGCGUACGAGAUAGCCUCAGAUGAAGGCUUGGAAGACGAACCUCAAGCAGGCGAUACCUUCCAUGACGAUAGACACGAUGAUCCUUCCCAAUUGUUGUCCUCUUCCUCCUUAUCAUCAUCAAGUCGGACACCUCUGUCUAGGAAUUCUAGGCCAGGUCAGAAUGGAGGCAGUGGUGGUUUUCAGCCGACUCGAUCUCAAUACCAGAUUCAACCUGCUGAAAAGUUCAAAGGUGUUGCGAAUAGAAUCAUCUACUCGAGGUAUUACAUUGGAUUCUACUUCAUCAUGAUGAGUUUGAGCUUGACAACGGUGGUGUUGAGUCUGAGGGCGACUCAUCAACGCGAAUGCCCCCCGGUCUCUUGGCACAUUCUCGAAGUCAUUGUCAAUGCUAUGAUGGUCUUGGAAGUCAGCACAAGAUGGGUAGCUUUCGGAAAGAAAUACCCUAUGACUCCGCUAAACAUUAUCGACCUCCUUUUGGUCCUCUUCUGCAGUAUCACCUUGAUCCUCGUCUUUCGAUCACCCUGUUCCGAAGGUACCCGACAGGAGGAAGUCUUGGACACCAUCCUGCUAGUCAUUCGAAAUGCUGUUCAAUUCCUCAGAUUAGGGAACAUUCUGCGGCGCUCCGGUCAUUCCCUGUUGAACCCACCUAAACCUAUCGAUCUGUCUCAAGCCCGUACUGCUUCUUUAGCCCUGGACCUCGAUUUGGACCUAGAAGAUGAAGAAGCGGUCGCCGAGCGACACCUCGCAGGAGCAUCGUCGAAUGGAUCUCGGAGGACUUUGGUAGGCUCUCGAAGAGGCUAUGAACCGAUAUUUCAAGAUGAAGAAGGGGCUUUGGAAGGACGUUCAUCCAUCGAUACGGGGGGAUCUGGCACUAAGGCUCGGUCCAGAGCUUCAGGAGAAAUCAGGAGACCGCUGGACGUUGGCGGUCAGAGAGGGAGAGAAGGAUUGACGGAAGAGGAUGAGGAGGUUUGGGAUCGAAUGACUUAGACCGAAUUGUAUCUGAGGAAACGAGGCAUGUAUUGACAAUCUAGAGGAGGG